AUGGACGGGGGGUUGUCAUGGGCGGACCAAUGGGAUAACCACCCAGACCCUCCACCGCCGGCGGCCACCGAAGAUGAAAGUAAGAAGGGGAAGGAUGGGUCGAGCAAGAGCAAGUCUGGGGCAAAGAAAAUGAGCUUCAGAUGGGUGAAGGAGCUUUGCAAGAAAAAUCUAGAUCGGCCAAAGUGCGUUACUAAUAUCUGUGUAACUGAGAAUAAUACCAAUAAACUGCUCCCAAUGGGAUCAAGCGAUUCAUCUACUGAAAGAAGAUCUACUAGUGUAAAGAUUGAACCUUUCUCAGAGGAAAGAGACUCUGUUUCAGAAACUGGGUGUCUCUCAAUUAUUGUGCUUGGUGCUUCUGGAGACCUUGCCAAGAAAAAGACUUUUCCUGCACUUUUCAAUCUUUACCAACAGGGAUUCUUGCAUCCAAAUGAAGUCCACAUAUUUGGUUAUGCACGAACCAAGAUUUCAGAUGAUGAGUUGAGAGACCGCAUACGCGGACAUCUUUUCCAUGGCAAGGGAGCUUCUUCUGGGCAAUCAGAGGAUGCAUCCAAGUUUUUGCUGCUGGUGAAAUAUAUCAGUGGUUCUUAUGAUUGCGAGGAGGGUUUCAGAUUGUUGGAUAAGGCAAUUUAUGAGCAUGAAGUCUCUACAAAUAGUCAAGAAGGAUCAUCUCGGCGACUUUUUUAUCUUGCACUUCCUCCAUCAGUGUAUCCAUCUGCUUGCAAAAUGAUCAGACAUUUUUGCAUGAAUAAGUCUGAUCUUGGUGGUUGGACUCGGAUCGUUGUUGAAAAGCCUUUUGGCAAGGAUUUGGAUUCGGCAGAGGCACUUAGUGCCCAGAUUGGGGAGUUAUUUGAUGAAGAACAGAUUUACCGUAUCGAUCACUAUCUAGGAAAAGAGUUGGUGCAGAAUCUGUUGGUGCUUCGUUUUGCAAAUCGCUUCUUUUUGCCCCUUUGGAAUCGUGAUAACAUUGAUAAUAUACAGAUUGUGUUCAGAGAGGAUUUUGGAACUGACGGACGCGGUGGAUAUUUUGACGAGUAUGGAAUCAUUCGGGAUAUCAUUCAGAAUCAUCUGUUGCAGGUUCUCUGCUUGGUCGCUAUGGAGAAACCUGUUUCUUUGAAACCAGAGCACAUCCGGGAUGAGAAAGUGAAGGUUCUUCAGUCAGUCCUACCAAUUGCAGAUGAAGAAGUUGUUCUUGGGCAGUAUGAAGGCUAUAAAGAUGAUCCAACAGUUCCGAACGACUCAAAUACGCCAACGUUUGCAACUGUGGUUCUGCGAAUACACAAUGAAAGAUGGGAAGGCGUACCUUUUAUACUUAAGGCAGGAAAAGCUUUAAAUUCAAGGAAAGCAGAAAUCAGAAUCCAAUUUAAGGAGGUUCCUGGUGACAUCUUCAAAUGUAAAAAACAAGGAAGAAAUGAGUUUGUUAUACGCCUGCAACCUUCAGAGGCCAUGUACAUGAAGCUUACAGUCAAGCAACCAGGACUGGACAUGUCCACCGUACAAAGUGAACUAGACUUAUCUUACAAGCAACGGUAUCAAGGAGUUAAAAUUCCAGAGGCUUAUGAGCGCUUAAUUCUGGACACGAUACGAGGAGAUCAGCAGCAUUUCGUUCGCAGGGAUGAGUUGAAGGAAGCGUGGGAAAUAUUCACUCCUUUGCUGCAUAGAAUUGACAAUGGGAAGCUGAAGCCACUUUCAUACAAACCAGGCAGCCGAGGGCCCGUGGAGGCAGACGAGCUACUGGCAAAAGCUGGUUACAUGCAAACGCAUGGCUAUAUAUGGGUCCCUCCUAACUUAUAG